GGCAGUGGGGGAGCCCUGCUCACCAGUAGGAGUGGAUUAUAGUUUAUGGGAUAAUUUAACCGUUGCGGAUAACUUAUUGAGAUGAAAGUUUAAUUUUGGUGUUUUUUGUGAUUAUUUGUUCGUUAAAUAUGUGAAACAUGCAUAGAGUUAAUAUGUAAUUAAGGCAAAGGUGCAGUCAAACAAUCUUACUAAUAUGGAACAUCGGGCAGGGGUGCAGUCGGUGGAGGAGUUCGUCGCUGACGACGGGGGGCUGGACCCGACCUUCCUGGCAGACGAAGGCAGCCCUGCGGUGACAGCUGCUGUCGGCGGAACUGACAGCUCGGACGACGAAGGCAGUCCGGACAACCCUCUGGUGGCCGAGUUUGCCGAGGACCUGGACGCCAGCGACCUCACGGGCGUUGUUACUAACGCCAGCCUCCUUAAUUACGGCGAGGUGGGCGCCAGACUCUCAGCCAGGAGCGACAAAACUGAAAAAUGUUCUUCCACGCGAGCCUCUGACUCGUUAGGUGUCGGUGCAGCGCAAUACGACACAGACAACUCGUGCAGCGACCCUGCGCAUGCCAAUCAACAUUGCUCAGCUGAUGUCACCAAUCGUAGCUCGUCCUCGAGCGUCCACUCCUGCACUAACCUCUCCCUUAAAUCAGACGCUAAGUCGUCGUCAAUAAGCGCGAGCUUCGAAAUCGUGCCUGGCGCUCGACUGGGCAGAUUAUGUCGCAAGGAGGAGCAAGGCGGGGGUUUGGGGACCCAACUCAAUCCCUGUGAAGGGGACAGCGACAGUGAUGCUGGCCAUGUCGUCAUCGCAGGAUACUCUUCUGAUGUGGAGAUAGAACCCGUCAUCCCCCAGGGCUCAUCUGCUGCUGACACUCCUGACGCUGGCGUCACGGGGCCUGACGUCAGCACCAUCGACUCGUGGCUCUCUGCGGCAGAAUUUGUUAAUCAAUUCUGA